AUCAUCGAUUCAUCAUUCACAAUACAAUAUGGCGGUCAACGAUGAUGUGAAAAAUAAAGAAUCUAAUAAAUUUAAAUGGAUUGGUUGGUCAUGGACCUAUCUUUGGGGAGUGUGGUUCUUGACAAUGAUUUUUCUUCUCUAUAUGCUGAGAAACCCUUUAAAAUUAAGAGAAAACAUCUGUUUGGCAACAAGUUUUUUUAAUGCACUUACUCCCAAAUUUUAUGUUGCUUUGACCGCAACAUCCUCAUUUAUAUCUGGUGUUAUUUUGAUUUUCGAGCUGUUGUAUUUUAAGCGACAUGGGAUGUCGUUUAUUGAGCAAAUAUCAGUGAAUUACUUAGGCCCUUUAUUAAGUGGCAGUGAAGGUUCAUCACAUUCUCAUCAAGGUGUUUCAGGUAAGGGAAGAUUUUUGUGUAGGAUGUCUGAGUGUAAAGUUUGGAGAAACCCAAUGAAUUUGUUUCGCGGAGCUGAAUAUCAAAGAUAUACAUGGGUAACUGGCAAAGAACCACUAACCUUUUAUGAUAUGAAUCUUUCCUCACAAGACCAUCAGAAAUUCUUUACAUGUGAAUUAGAUAGUCCAACUGGAGGAGCAUCUGAUACAAUCAUGUACACUGCGUGGAGAGAACGCAAUGCUGAGAAGAGAAUAGAGAUAGCCCACAAUGCAUUGCAACAAGAUGUCAACUGCGCUUCAGCCUAUGUAUUGCUAGCUGAAGAGGAAGCCACUACAAUACUACAGGCUGAGUCGUUUUUCAAGCAAGCUCUUAAAGCAGUCGAAGGCUGUGUUAAAUAUAAAUUUUAUCCUGUCAAAGCUGACCCCAUACAUAGUCGUGAUACAAAUACCUGUGCUUAUAUAAAACGACGUUUAGCAAUGUGCGCAAGAAAGCUGGGUCGAGUCAAAGAAGCUGUGAAGUUAAUGAAAGAGUUGAUGAAAGAAUUUCCUGCAAUGAGUGUUCUUAAUAUUCAUGAAAAUCUCAUUGAAGCAUUAUUAGAAAUGCAAGCGUAUACAGAGGUUCAGCAAGUUUUAGCAAAAUAUGACGAUAUAUCGUUGCCGAAAUCUGCUACCAUUUGUUAUACUGCUGCAUUACUAAAAGCAAGAGUGGUCGCAGAGAAAUUUUCUCCUGAAGUAGCUGCUAAACGUGGUUUGAGUCCAACGGAGAUGGCUGCCGUUGAAGCAAUACAUAGAGCAGUUGAGUUUAAUCCUCAUGUUCCAAAGUAUUUAUUAGAACAGAAGAGUCUGAUUCUUCCUCCGGAACAUAUACUCAAAAGAGGGGAUAGUGAAGCUCUUGCAUAUUGUUUUUUUCAUCUCGCACAUUGGAAGAGAGUUGAUGGUGCCUUGAACCUUCUUCAUUGCACAUGGGAAGGAACAUUUCGCCUUUUGCCUUAUCCUAUGGAAAAAGGUCAUUUAUUUCAUCCAUAUCCAGCGUGUACUGAGUCUGCUGAUAGAGAGCUGUUACCUGCUCACCAUGUUUUGUCAGUAUAUCCAAAACGAGAACUUCCAUUCUUUGUAUUAUUUACCGCUGGUCUCUGUUCAUUUAAUGCGCUUUUGGCCUUACUUACUUAUCAGUUUCCAAACUCAAUGGCUGCAGCGUCCAAAACGGUGGUCGCGUGGUUGUCGACGCCAUUCGGCUUGCUGGCUCAAAAAUUCGAAGAUUUAUUUCCUGCUCACAUUUGGAGUCAACUUACGCAGUUUUAAAGACGACAAUUAAACUUUGUUUGAGAAGUUAGGAACAAAAUGUUACAGCUGAUAAGAUGAUACGUAAUAUAAACAAAAACGAAA